UAAAACGCCAGAUAAUAUUGAAAAAAUAUUCAUGGUAUCUUUAACAUUCUGUCUAAAAUUUAAAUCUUAAAUACUGGUCUCUUGGUCAACAGUGAAGAAAAUAUAAUUUUUCAACUAUCAAUGUUUGAAAGAGGAUACAUGAAAUAUGGCGACUUCCAGAGACUAAGUUCUGUUGGUUUUGUCAUGUUUGUUGCUUGUUUUCUGAAGCUUGUUUGCUUUAAAGUGUUAAUUUCGUGAAGUGAUGUAUCAGAAUUAGCAUCUUGGCUUCAGAGUCAGGAUGAUUGACCUGUUUGUCAGCGGUCUGAAGAGCCGGAGCGAGGAGAAGCGGACGAGGACGGCCAAGGCGCUGCAGCACUAUGUCACCACCGAGCUGCGGGAGGUGUCACAGGACGAGAGGACGUCCUUCAUGGACGAGCUGAACCACCACAUCUUUGAGCUGGUGUCCAGUCAGGACGUGAACGAGAAGAAGGGUGGCAUCAUGGCCAUUGUGAGCCUGAUCAGCAUCGACAGCGACAAUGCCACCCGCAUCACCCGCUUCGCCAACUACCUGCGCACCCUGCUGCCGUCCGGCGACGUGGCGGUCAUGGAGAUGGCGGCCAAGGCCAUCGGCCGGCUGGCCAUGGCCGGCGGGACCUUCACGCCUGAGUAUGUGGAGUUUGAGGUCCGGCGAGCACUGGAGUGGCUGGGCGGAGACCGGAAUGAAGGGCGUAGACACGCUGCGGUGCUUGUACUGCGAGAACUCGCGGAGAACACCCCGACGUUUUUCUUCCAGCAAGUCCAGAGCUUCUUUGACCACAUCUUCAAUGCAAUCAGAGAUCCAAAGCAAGCGAUUCGCGAGGCAGCCGUAGCCGCCCUGAGGGCCUGCCUGGAGCUGACCUCACAGCGCGAGACCAAGGAAAUGCAGAAGCCGCAGUGGUACAAGCAAACUUACGAAGAAGCCGAGAAGGGAUUUGAGGAAGUGACCACCAAGGAGAAAGGGCUGAAUCGCGAUGACCGCGUCCACGGCUCGCUGCUUAUCGUCAACGAGCUCAUCCGGAACAGCAGCAUGGAAGGAGAGCGUCUGCGACGAGAAAUGGAGGAUGUUUCUCAGGAACAAUCUCAGCACGAGCACAGCUUCAAGCAUUCGACACCGGAGCACUGGUACCGUCGUAAUCGCAAUCGUUUCCUGCGAUUGCCCAAGGAGUUCCAGAGCUCCAGCGUCAAGUCCCGCUUCCAGCUCCUGUCGGCCGGCAUGGGCGGCCACGCCCUGCAGUCCUCCCAGCGCUCCUCGGUGACCAGCGCCAUCUCCUCCCUGGUCUCGCCCGGCCUGCAGGGUAAGCCCCGCUUCGUGGAGAGCCGCUUCUGCCGGGAGCUCAUGGAGACCAAAUUCGAUGAGGUUUGUCAACAGGUCCUGAAGUACAGGAAUAGCCGUAGUCCCCUCAUACAGCAGACACUGUUGACUCUCAUCCCCAGGUUGGCGGCUUUCCAACCCACAAGAUUUGUCAGUCGGUACUUGGAUGAUUCUGUCCAGCAUCUCCUCAACAGCCUGAGGAAGGAGAGAGAGCGCUCCAGCGCCUUCCAGGCCGUGGGCCUGCUCUCUGUUGCCGUCAAGCAUGAGAUCACGCCCCACCUGCAGAACAUCCUGGUCAUCGUCAGGGCCUCCCUCCCGCACAAGGACUACCACAGCAAGAAGAGCAAGCAAACCCCUGUAGAUCCUUCCGUCUUCACCUGCAUCAGCAUGCUGGCCAGGGCCGUGGGCAGCAACAUCUACGGCGACGUCAAGGACCUCCUGGAGCCCAUGCUGGCAGUGGGUCUCAGCCCGGCGCUGACUGCCUCCCUCCACGACCUGGCUCAGCAGAUUCCUCGCCUCAAGAAAGACAUCCAGGACGGCCUUCUCAAGAUGCUCUCCCUGGUCCUGAUGAACAAGCCCCUCAAGCACCCGGGCACACCCAAGGGCCUCAUGUCCCCAGUCUCCACGGCCGGUUCCAGCCAGGGGGCCGCCGAGUUUGGGGACAUCACCAGCACCGUGCUGGCCCUGCAGACCCUGGGCAGCUUUGACUUCGAGGGCCACUCCCUGACCCAGUUUGUGCGCCACUGCGCCGACCACUUCCUGUCCAGCGAGCACAAGGAGAUCCGGGCCAAGGCCGCCCGGACCUGCGCCCAGCUCCUCCAGCCCUCCAUCAACCUUCGUUCAAACCGCCCUCACCCGGUCAGCACCACUAACAUCCACGUUGUUGCCGAUGUGCUUAGCAAGCUGCUAGUGGUUGCCAUCACAGACUCAGAUCCCGACAUCCGGUACUGCGUGCUGGCCUCCCUGGACGACCGCUUCGACGGCCACCUGGCCCAGGCCGAGAACCUGAGCGCGCUCUUUGUGGCCCUCCACGACGAGGUGUUUGAGAUCCGCGAACUGGCCAUGUGCACCAUCGGCCGGCUCAGCAACCUCAACCCGGCCUUCGUCAUGCCCUCCCUGCGGAAGACGCUCAUACAGAUUCUGACGGAGUUGGAGCACAGCGGUGUGGGUCGGAACAAGGAACAGAGUGCCAGGAUGCUGGCCCAUCUGGUGUCCAAUGCACCGCGUCUCAUACGGCCCUACAUAGAACCUAUAGUCAAGGCCUUGAUCCCCAAGUUAAAGGAGGCCGACCCUAACCCCAGUGUGGUCAUCAACGUUCUGGCUGCUAUCGGAGAACAGGCACAAGUGAGUGGCACCGAGAUGAGGAAAUGGAUGGACGAACUCUGCCCGAUUAUUCUGGACAUGUUGCAGGACUCGGCGUCGCUUCGCAAGAGAGAGGUUGCCCUGUGGACCUUGGGCCAGCUGGUGGAGAGCACCGGUUCGGUGGUGGACCCUUACAAGAAGUACUCUAACCUGCUGGACGUGCUGCUCAACUUCCUGAAGACGGAGCAGUCUGCCAACAUCCGGAGAGAGACAAUCCGAGUGCUUGGCUUACUCGGUGCCUUGGACCCCUACAAGCACAAAGUCAACCAAGGCUUCGUGGAUAGUCACGGGGAGGGCGGGGCCGCCCUGAGCAUAUCAGAUGUCAAGAUGGGAACGGAAGGGGAGUACACGGCCAGCGAGAUGCUGGUCAACAUGGGCAGCGCCACCCUGGAGGAGUUCUACCCGGCCGUGGCCAUAGCGACCCUGAUGCGCAUCAUGCGGGACUCCUCCCUGGCCAACCACCACACCGGCGUGGUGCAGGGCAUCACCUUCAUCUUCAAGAGCCUGGGCGUCAAGUGCGUGCAGUUCUUACCCCAGAUCAUGCCCACCUACCUCAACGUCAUCCGCACCUGCGAUGCUGGAAUCCGCGAGUUCCUUUUCCAGCAGUUGGGCAUCAUGAUCGGCAUCGUCAAGCAGCACAUCCGCAACUACCUGGACGACAUCUUUGACCUCAUCAGAGAUUUUUGGACGGUGAACAGCCCACUGCAAAACACGGUGAUACUCCUGGUAGAGCAGACAGUGGUAGCCCUGGGCGGGGAGUUCAAGCUCUACCUGCCCCGCAUCGUGCCCCAGAUGCUGCGCGUCUUCAUGCAUGACAAUAGCCAGGGUCGCGUCGUCACCACCAAGCUGCUGAAUGCCAUGCAGAAGUUUGGAGCCAACCUGGACGACUACCUGCACCUGCUGCUGCCGCCGGUGGUCAAACUGUUCGACUCCAAUGACAUUCCCAUUACUGUCAGGAGAGCGGCCCUGGAAACCAUCGACUUGCUCUGCGGCACCUUGGACUUCACAGACUUUGCCUCCCGCAUCAUCCACCCGCUGGUCCGCACCCUGGACACCACAGCCGAGCUGCGGAGCAUCGCCAUGGACACCCUGGAGUCGCUGGUCCUGCAGCUGGGCAAGAAGUACGAGAUCUUUGUGCCUAUGGUCAACAAGGUGCUGGUCAAGCACCGCAUCGCCCACCAGAAGUACGAGACCCUGGUACUGAAGAUCAUCAAGGGUAAUGCCAUCGCCGAAGACGAGCUGCUCCUGCUACGCACCAGAGCCAAGAAGGCCAACCAGAGGGACGACGGCAACGCCGGCAUGGAGCCCGUCAGCCUCAAGAAACUCCACGUCAAGACCAGUAACCUUGCCAAGGCUUGGGCUGUGACUCGCCGCGUCUCCCGCGACGAUUGGGUGGAGUGGUUACGGCGUCUGAGCGUGGAGCUGCUCAAGGAGUCUCCUUCCCACGCCCUGAGGUCCUGCUGGGCCCUGGCCCAGGCCUACAACACCCUGGCCAGGGAUCUCUUCAACGCGGCCUUCGUCUCCUGCUGGUCCGAGCUGACCGAGACGGACCAGGACAGCCUGAUCCAGAGUCUCCAGAAGGCGCUGACAUCCCAGGACAUCCCCGAGAUCGUGCAGAUCCUGCUGAAUCUGGCCGAGUUCAUGGAGCACUCGGACAAGGGUCCAUUGCCUCUCAAUACCAUGCUGCUCGGUGAGUGCGCCUCCAAAUGCAGGGCCUACGCCAAGGCUCUACACUACAAGGAGGAAGAGUUCCACCGCGGACCCAACACUGAAAUACUGGAGGCCCUCAUCAGCAUCAACAACAAGCUCCACCAGCCAGAGGCAGCGUAUGGAGUCCUACAGUACGCCAUGAAGAACUACCGAGCUGAGCUGCAAAUCCAAGAGACCUGGUACGAGAAGCUGCACGACUGGGAUAAUGCCCUCCUGGCCUACGAGAAGAAGCAGCGGGAGGAUCCGGAUGACUUCCGGCUGACCCUGGGCAGGAUGCGUUGCCUGGAGGCACUGGGAGAAUGGGGGCAGCUACACGAGCUGGCCUGCGAGCGCUGGCCCAUGGUGACAGACGAGGGGCGGCAGGGCAUGGCCCGGAUGGCGGCAGCCGCCGCCUGGGGGCUGGGCAACUGGGACAGCAUGGAGGAGUACGCCUGCCUGAUCCCCCGAGAGUCCUACGACGGCGCCUUCUACCGGGCGGUGCUGGCCGUGCACCAGGACCACUUCGGCCAGGCUCAGCAGUGCAUCGACAAGGCGCGCGACAUCCUGGACACGGAGCUGACGGCCAUGGCUGGCGAGAGCUACGACCGGGCCUACGGGGCCAUGGUGUCGGCCCAGAUGCUGUCAGAGCUGGAGGAGAUCAUCCGCUACAAGCUGGUGUCGGAGAGGCGCGACAUCAUCAAGCAGAUGUGGUGGGACCGGCUCCAGGGGUGCCAGCGUAACGUGGAGGAUUGGCAGCGGAUCAUCCAGGUGCGCUCCCUGGUCAUCAACCCUCAGGACGACCUGCGGACCUGGCUCAAGUACGCCAGCCUUUGCCGCAAGACGGGCCGCAUGCAACUCUCCCACAAGACGCUGGUGAUGUUGCUGGGCGUAGACCCCAAGAGCAUCCAGGACACACCCUUUGAGGCCCUGGCCACCGUCAAGCACCCCCGCGUGGUCUUUGCGUACCUCAAGCACAUGUGGAAGGAGGACAAGCAGACGCAGGCCUUUGAGCAGCUCCACCACUUUGUGCACUCUACCCUGACCCAGCACAUGGGGAGCGGCUUGGGCUCCACGGAGGAGACAGAACGCAGGGAGCUGCACAAGCUCAUGGCGAGGUGUUACCUGAAGCUGGGUGAAUGGCAACAGAGUUUGGAGGGAACCAGCCAGCAUACCAUCGAGGACAGUCUGGUUUAUUUCAGCAAGGCCACAGAGCAUGACAGAGACUGGUAUAAGGCGUGGCACUCCUGGGCCUUCAUGAACUACGAGGCCACCCUGUACUACAAGCUCCAGUCAGCAUCCGGCUCCCCACCCCUGCCCCCGCCCCCAGCCACCAGCACGCCCAAGGGGAAGGGGGAGGAGGUCGGGGAGGAAGCGGAGGGAGAGGGGCGGGACCAGGUGCUGAAGGAAGGGGAGGAGGAGGGAGCGGAAGAGGAAGAGCCCGAGGCGGAACCCAUCGAGGAUGCCAGCCUCCAGCAGCAGCAGCAGCAGCAGCCGGUCUCACCUCAGAUGGCUGUGCAGAAUUACAUCCAGAAGUACGCCGUGCCGGCCGUCCAGGGCUUCUUCCGUUCCAUUGCGCUGUCUCGGGGCAACUCCCUGCAGGACACCCUGCGCCUGCUGACGCUGUGGUUCGACUAUGGCCAGUGCAGCGAGGUGUAUGACGCGCUCGUGGAAGGGAUCAAGUCCAUCCAGAUCGACACCUGGCUGCAGGUGAUCCCUCAGCUGAUAGCGAGAAUCGAUACCCCCAGACAGCUGGUGGGUCGACUGAUCCACCAGCUCCUUAUGGACAUUGGAAAACAACAUCCGCAGGCUCUGAUCUAUCCGUUGACCGUCGCCUCCAAGUCGCAGAGCACGGCUCGCCACAAUGCAGCAAACAAGAUCCUGAAGAACAUGUGCGACCACAGCAACACCCUGGUGCAGCAGGCGAUGAUGGUGAGCGAGGAGCUGAUCCGUGUGGCCAUCCUGUGGCACGAGCUCUGGCACGAAGGCCUAGAGGAAGCAUCACGACUCUACUUUGGCGAGCGCAACGUCAAGGGGAUGUUCGGCGUCCUGGAGCCCCUCCACGCCAUGAUGGAGCGCGGCCCGCAGACGAUGAAAGAGACGUCCUUCAACCAGGCCUAUGGGCGUGACCUGAUGGAGGCCCAGGAAUGGUGCCGCAAGUACACGCGCUCCCGCAACGUCAAGGAUCUGACCCAGGCCUGGGACCUGUACUACCACGUGUUCAGGCGAAUCGCAAAACAACUGCCUCAGCUGACCCAGCUUGAGCUCCAGCUGGUCUCCCCCAAGCUCCUGAUGUGCCGGGACCUGGAGCUGGCCGUCCCCGGCACUUACAACCCCAACCGGCCCAUCGUACGCAUCCAGCGCGUCCAAUCCUCCCUGCAGGUCAUCACCUCCAAACAGCGCCCUCGCAAGCUCAGCAUCUUUGGGAGUGACGGUGCUGAGUAUAUGUACCUCCUGAAGGGCCACGAGGACCUGCGCCAAGAUGAGAGGGUGAUGCAGCUAUUUGGCCUGGUCAACACCCUCCUAGCCAACAACCCAGACACCUUCAGGAGACAUCUCAACAUCCAGCGCUACUCCAUCAUCCCCCUAUCCACCAACUCGGGCCUGAUUGGCUGGUUGCGACACUGCGACACCCUGCACACCCUGAUCCGAGACUACCGUGACAAGAAGAAGAAGAUCCUUCUCAACAUCGAGCACCGCAUCAUGCUCAGGAUGGCGCCAGACUAUGAGCACCUGACACUGAUGCAGAAGGUGGAAGUGUUUGAGCACGCCUUGGAGCACACACAGGGAGAUGACCUGGCUAGACUUCUGUGGCUCAAGAGUCCUAGCUCGGAGGUGUGGUUUGAGCGACGAACCAACUACACGCGAUCUCUUGCCGUCAUGUCGAUGGUGGGCUACAUCCUUGGUCUUGGAGACAGACAUCCCUCAAACCUGAUGUUGGACCGCAUGUCAGGCAAGAUCAUCCACAUCGACUUUGGCGACUGUUUUGAGGUUGCCAUGACAAGAGAGAAGUUCCCUGAGAAGAUUCCAUUCCGACUGACGAGAAUGCUCAUCAAUGCCAUGGAGGUGACGGGCAUUGACGGUAAUUACCGCAUCACUUGCUCCAGCCUGAUGCAAGUACUCAGAGAGCACAAGGACAGCAUCAUGGCCGUGCUGGAAGCCUUCGUCUACGAUCCACUGCUGAAUUGGAGGCUGAUGGACACCGCUCCUAAGGCCAAACGCUCCAAGGCCCGAUCAGACUCCUUCUCCAGCAGUCAGAAUAACGCAGAUCUGCUCGAUGAUGUGAAUAUUGACACGCCCAAACAGAAGAAGGCGGGGGAGGCCGGGUCGUUGCAAUCAUCGGAGAGCGAGGGCGCUGUUCAACCCGAGGCUCUCAACAAGAAAGCCAUCAGCAUCAUCAACAGAGUCAGGGACAAGCUCACCGGGAAUGACUUUGCUCAGAAGGACGCUGUGGACGUUGCCAAGCAGGUGGAACUGCUGAUCCAGCAGGCCACGUCCCACGAAAACCUGUGCCAGUGCUACAUAGGAUGGUGCCCCUUCUGGUAAGGCCGUUUUACCUUCAACAAGUACAACAGAAUCGUGGAUAUGUGAGAGAUGUUUCACCACCAAAGGAAGAAAGCUUGUUUACGUAGAGGUAGUGGAAAUCGUAGUACAUGAAUGUAAAUUUGAAAUGCUGUAUGAGGGAAAAUGAAGGAAUUCUGAGAAAUUUUUCCAAAACCAUUUCUACAUGUCAAAGAGUUCACAAAAAUGGAAAUUUCACGUGGGACCAAUUUUUUUUGCACCGAAAUGGUGAUUUCUAGGCCCCAGCUAGCUUAGAUAAUUGAACGCAAAUAUGACAUAAGAGAUUGCUUGAAAACAAUAUCGUCAAACUUUGCUACAAGUUUUAGAAGUUCUCAAAAGAAGUCAUGUGAAAAGGAAAUGAAAUUCCUAAAACAUGAUUGGUUGAUUUAUUCCAGUAGUCCCGGCCAAAAUCCCCUUCAGAUUUUCGGGCCUGUUUAUCUUCAUUCUCGCUUGCUUAAUACUUUAAGAGAACUGGAUCAAAUGAAAUGCCAAAAUUGGAAGUUUUGCCGGCUGUGAAAAUCAGUCACUGCUUUGUCGGCGGAAAUAUCUGUUGGAAAGAACAUGUGUAGAUCUUGUGAUCAGUACUGAACCAUUUUGGUGAUGGAUUCAAUAUCACACUUUCCUUCUGCUAUUCUUUUCAUACAAAUGAAAGUGAACGCGCAAACCUGAGAAGAGUUACCUCACAAAAAGAUGGGAUUGUUUUGUGACGUUAUGAAAGUCCCCGUCUAUCCUUUACAAUGAAACGUCGGGAAAAUAAAAACAUUUGCCAAUCUCAGGUUUACCAACACUCACCAAUAGGACUUUUGCAUCAAAACUUGUUUUCACCAAUCAUAAAUUUAAUUGUAACCAUUUUAAAACCAAGAAACAACCAGUGGAUCACUUCAGUACAGUGUGUACUCAGAAAUAAACAGCCCCAUAAUCAAUAUAUAAUGUAAUCAAUAACCAAUUCCAUAAUCAAUUGGAAUCCAAUUGGGUUCACUUGGAAUCCAAUUGGGUUCAAUUGGUUUGAAUAAUAAAUUCGGACCUUUUGGACCAGUUGGACCAUUUGAAAGCCAAUUCACAAUGCAAUUGUAACCAACUCAUUUGAAAAUCCAUUUGAUGGGGGGGAAACAAGCUAAAAGCAAACCAUUUGAUUCCAAUUUGAAAUUCCAAUUGAUUGGGGAAAAUAAAUAGCAAAGAAAAAAAUGCCAGUUCAAAUUAAUUGCGCUCCAAUUAAAUCCAAUUUAAAUAUUAAUUGGUUUGAAAAGGCCAUUUGUAGUAGGGAGAAUAGUCAGAACCUGCCACAAAACACAUCACAUGGAUGAAUCAACCAGUAAUGAGAGGCUAUAUACUUAAGCAGACUUUCACAAUUAAUAUUUUUUCAUGAUGCACCCACUAAUUACGUAUAUUUAUAUCAAAGUUGGGAAGUUGUGCUGAAUAUUUAAUUUAUUCCGUGGGUGGUACAUGUAUUUAUAAUGGAUUGGAAAUAAAGCCCAAGAGGAAACCUGUACAAUUGGAUGUGGCAGGUGCACGUGCUAUAAAGGAAUUCACAGCGUAGAUCUGCAUGCACCAGUGCAUCUUGUUCCUAGGUCACUUGUUUACCACAAGCAUAUUACGAGUUUAACUGACAGAAAAUUUCUCUCAAAGCAGUGACGAAAAUUAGGCCAGAUGUUGUAUCUCACUUCUGAACGUAAGGCACUGAAUUUUAUCUAUCAACCAAAACUUGACGCAACGCUUGAGAUUGUGCUUCAUUCUACAGGCAAGGGCCUAUUUACACAGACAAGCAGUAACAUUUCGGAGAAUUUCCCCGAGUGCUAAAAAUACCAAACGCGGUGGUUUCCAAUGGGCUGUUUCCCCCCCCGAGAGAUGAAAGCCUUGCCAUGAGGUAGGACAAUCAAUACCUGUUUUUAAGAAACCUGAGCGAUUUUUACCCAAGAUGCCGUGCUGAGACUGCACAUUCAGACCAAUCAGCAAUCUCCUUGAGCACGGCACCACAGACUGGCCGCGAGGCUGAGGGAGAGCAGGCUUUGAUUUCUCUCAUGGGGUGCCAUCGUUGCCGUGGAAAGGCAUUGGCAGGACAAUCUGCAUGCCGAACUGGUUUCUGUCUCGCUGGGAAUGUACAGUACAAAUCCAGCAAGGCAUAUCGCCUUCCAUCAACGCUUCCCAUUACUCCCAAGUCUGUGUAAAUGACUUCCCCUUAUUUCAGUAAUGCUGUCUGGCGCAGAAAGUGCUAAAAGACAGGAAGUACUUGCUCUAAUGGCUAAAAAGAAAAACUUUUUUCUGGUGUUGAUUUCUGCUUGGCACACACCUACGUUUUUUAAUUUGAGUUUUAUCUACAAAGGACCCCAAAAGGAGCUCCAUUUGUUUUGAAGCAAUGGAGUUGCAGUUGUGCGUGGUGUCUUGAACCCGAGAGUAACAUGGGCCUCUGGAGGCCAUCGGCUGCUGCCAAUUCCCAUUGACGCCCACGUUACCUCCUAGCUGUCGCCACUUGAUU